AUUCAUGAUUGCAUCCAACGAACGACGCCAUUUCUAAUUUCUUCCUCGUUGCUAAAUUUCCCAGUUACACCUCAUUUAUUUAACUGUACUCCCCCACUCGCCGCCCCAGUUCUUGCCGGCGCCAUCCUCCGUCCCCAUUUCCGCCUCUCUUCUCAAAGGUGCGAUCGCCAUUCCACAUCUCUCUCUCAAUCGCUGUGUUCUGUUUUUCGGAUUUAACUUUCAGCAACUUUUCCGAUGUAAUGCCGUGCAAUUUCGUUGUUCCUCUGUUCGAUUACUUCGGAGAAUUUCAAUUGAGCUAGUUGGUUGACGAAGCCGGUGCUGAUGCUUAGACUGCGUUUUGUUUUCUGUUUGAGCGUGAAUUUUGCUUACUGAUCAGGGACUUGGAUUGUUGAACUCCGCCGAUGAUUUGGUCUGAAUGCUUGUCGCCUCUUGUUGUUUCUCGGAAGGCUUUUUCAAACAAAGGAUCGCUGUUAAACAGCUAAGUUUGCCAGUUUAUAAACUAGUAUGACAGAACCAUAAUAAUGAUGGCCUCAUGGUAGUUCCACGAGCUGUAUGGGAGGCUUAUUGAAUCCUCUUGACUUUGACCACAGAAGCAUGGCCAAGAAAGUCUUUAAUCAAAAGAGACGUAAUGGCGGCCUAGAAACCCCUCGAAAUAGCCUGGAGCUGCACUUAGAGAGUUCCCAAAACUAUUGUGCUGCCAAAGAAAUAUCGUACUCCUAUCAAAUUGAUGAAGUGUUUUGUGAUAAGGACUAUUUCAAAAAUGAGUCUUCAAUGAAGAAAUUAAUUGAUAAGGAAAUGUCCACGCGCACAAAUCCCAGACAUAAUGGACCAAGCAUUGUUGCUCGACUCAUGGGGAUGGAUAUGUUGCCCUUGGAUGCAAAAGAUGAAGUGGAGCUAAGUGACAAAAGACAUAAUAGCAAGGGAGUGAAGACCUUAAAUAAAGAAAGUACUGGCAGAGGCUUGCCUUCUCAUGUAUCCUCCAAAUCGAAUUAUUCUAAGCAGAUGGACCUGCAUUCAUCUUAUCAUGAUAAUGACCAGGAUGCUGAUCAAUGGAGCAGCAGUCAGAAGAUGGGAAAACCAUGCCGUAGGGAACAUCCUCAAGAGGAGGAACUACAAAAGUUCAAGAAGGAAUUUGAAGCAUGGCAGGCUUCAAGGUUUAGGCAUUGUUCAAGGGUUAUUGAAGUUAGUAGCAUAAACAGACGGUCAAUGGCUCAGGAAGAGAUGGCACUUAAUGGAAACACAGGGAAAAUAUCGAGUCAGAAGCUCCCGGCAGAAUCUGAGGGUCCGGUGGAGAUGAAAUCUCGUAGAAGUGUAGGUCUGGAUGAUGGUACUAAGAGGGAAACAUUCCGAGCUGAGCAGACUCAGAGAGGAUCCUUUUCUUUGAGAAGCAAAUCCAUGGAUGCAGAUUUUGAGCACCCUUGCCUGAUAAGUUGUGAUCGGAAGACAGACAAAUUGCUUGGUCCGACAAAGAUAGUGAUCUUGAAGCCUGGUCCUGAUAAGAUGUGCCUCCAUGAAGAGCACUGGACAAACUCUUCAGGGACCUUAGGAGAAAGAGUUAGUAUCGAAGAUUUUCUUGAAGAGGUCAAGGAGCGGCUGAGAUGCGAAUUGCAAGGGAAAACCUUUAAAAAGGGUACUGCUGCACGUGGAAGUGGAAUAGAGACACCAUAUAGUGAGAAGCCAUCUCACUCUAGACAAAUAGCUCGGAACAUAGCAACACAAGUCCGAGAUAGUAUCACUAGAGAUACUGGAAUAAGUCUACUUCGUUCAGAAUCAACGAGAUCAUGCAAAAGCGAAAUUCAGUUUAAUGCGUUAGAUUCCCCAGAAUUCUUAAACAAAGAUACCAGAAGGUUCUUGUCAGAGAGAAUGAGAAAUAAUGUUCAGAGUAAGGAUUCAGACCUGGAUAGUGGCAGCUCUAGGUCAUCUGUAUAUGAUCAGGAAAGAGUAACGAAGCAAGUAGAAACUACAUUGACAAGUGAAAAACAUACGAACUACUGGGAAAUACUCAGAGAUUCCGAAGAAAUGCAAACUAGAUCUUUUAGGCAUGAGGCAGAUGUAAAUGAGGUCCUUCCCAAAGAAUUGUCUCCUAGGAAUCUCACAAGGUCAGUCUCAGCUCCAGUGGCAGGAACAUCAUUUGGGAAGCUUCUUCUGGAGGACCGCCACAUUUUAACGGGUGUCCACAUUCAGAGAAAACAUGAAGCAAGUGAUCAUGUGGCGAACAUUAAAAAGCAGAAGAAAGAGAGGUUCAAUUUUAAAGAAAAGGUUUCCAAUUUCAGAUAUAAUUUCACUCUUAGAGGGAAGUUGUUUGGCAGAAAGACUCAAUCGAUCAGUGGAUUGCAUACUACCGACCUAUACUCUACCAGAGACAUCUUGAGUGGACCAACUGUUGUAAUGAACUCUGGGGAACGCCACGAAAGGGAGAAUUUCACUGAGGUGCCUCCUAGUCCUGCUUCUGUGUGCAGCAGUGUCCAAGAAGAGUUCUGGAAGUUUUCUGAUCAUCACAGCCCAAUAUCAACUUCAGAUGUGACUCCUAGAGAUGAGAAUUGUGUUUCUCAGGUCUUUAGGGACAUCAGCUCUAAUUUAAAAGAACUUCGAAGACAGUUGAAUCAACUCGAGUCGGAUGAUUUUGAGGACAAAGUGGAACAGCAGCCCGUUGAGUCUGAAAUCACAAAACUUGAAGAUCCAGCAGAAGCUUACGUACGAGACCUUCUCAUUGUUUCUGGUAUGUAUGAUGGAUCAACUGGCAACAACUUUUCACGAAAUAACACAGCUGCAAAGCCUAUCAGCAAUGCGAUCUUUGAAGAGGUGGAAGAAGCUUACAGAAAAUCAGAGAGGAAAAACGAAACCAUUGAGAAGGAGCAGAACGAAUAUAGUGUAGAUCAUAAACUAUUAUUUGAUCUGCUGAACGAAGCACUUCCACUCGCACUAGCACCAUGUUUAACAAUGUCCAGAUUUAGAACAAAAGUCAUUAACUCCUCUACGCCGCCACCGCCUUUGUUUGGAAAAAAGUUAUUGGAUUCUGUAUGGGACAUCAUCCACAAGUUUACACACCCUCCAACUGACAGAUCUUAUUACUUGCUUGAUGGGGUGAUGGCUCGAGAUUUGAAUUCGACACCAUGGUCAUCAUUAAUGGAUGAUGAAGUUAACACGACUGGAAGGGAGGUGGAAGGUCUGAUCAUCAAUGAUUUGGUUGAAGAAAUUGUGAAGGAUUUUCGAAAAUGAUGCGCAGACUCUUAAUUCUCAGGAUAACACUGACUAUAUGCUCGACUACUUGGAGUUGGAGUGAUCAGAAACUGCAUGGAAAGCAAAAAUUGAGGAUACCACGAUUGAUAUUCACUCGACAUAUACUUUCUUUUUUGUGUUAUUUUUGCGUACAUAUGUCCUUAUUUGGAUGUGUUUAAUGCAGAUUGGCUUCGGGUGAAGGUGUUGUUCAGAUGUAAAUGACUCUUAUCUGAUGUUAUUAUAAUUUGUAUAGGAAAUUUAACAUGAUAUUUCUCUCUGCA